AUGGCUGUUGAUAAGACUGAUUCAUAUGAAUGGAGCCGUGUGUCGGAAAUUCAACUUUUCCGAGGAUUAAUCAAGCACAAACCCGUUGGUGUAUUCCGUCACUUCCAGAUGAUGUGCUUGUGCAAUUUUCUGAAUUCAGUUCUUCGUGAACCAGUCACUCCUGAUAUUAUUUGGAAAAAGCUGGAUACAAUAUACAAUAUGGAAGAACUGCAUGAAUCUGAAGUUAACCCUUUUCAAGGUAAAAUGAGGGAAUUCAGCCUAUCCGAAGAGUUUGAUUCCUUGAAAGAAUUGGAGUUUCCUCGUGUUGCUCCGCGAAGCGAUACAGCUACACCCAAAUCUUCAGUUGUAGAUACUUCUAAUCGAAAACGAACAAGAAAGUCGGUACGCUGGGCUGACGUUCUUACAACUUCAGAUAAUAUGGUUCAAACACCGACCACUUCAACGGUCACUACCGAUGCAGGUGUUGGCAGUUCUUCACGCAAAAGGCGGCGCUGA